ACACACAGGCUUCGUGUUCACUUCCCCCCAUUGACCUUGACAAGGGGAUGGGCGGAAGCGAAGUGGACAGCGACAGUAGCGCUCUGACAGCUCACAAUCUCACAGUCCUGUGCCGGGGAUCUCCCAUACAUCAAGUUCUCCAAGGAGAGAGCAGGCAAUAGAAGGCUGGUCAGCCUCUCUUCGUUUGAGGGGCUUUCCACCCAUGGCACGCUGCUCCACCAUGGGACGCUCCACCACCAUAGCCCUGUUCCUUUCCCCGCUAUUGUUCCUGGUUCAAGGCUUGCUCCAGGCAGAAGAUCUUAUCACUGAACCGUGUAGGAUCAUGGGGAUCACCCUCAUUGGCAAAGGGAAAGGGCCAGAAUUUAAUUUCACUGAAGCCAGAGAUGCCUGCAGCAGGUUGGGUCUCCAGCUGGCCAGUAAAGCUCAAGUGAAGACUGCCCUUGAUUCUGGCUUCGAGACCUGCAGUUUCGGGUGGGUCUCUGACAAGUAUGUGGUCGUCUCCCGCAUUCUCCCCAAUCCCAAGUGUGGUCAAAACAACACAGGUGUCGUGGAAUGGAAACUGGCCCCCCACCAUAAGCAGUAUGCGCACUGUUACAACUCCUCAGAUACGUGGAUUAAUUCAUGCAAGCCUGAUACCGUCGUCACCAAAGACACAGUCACUCCCCUGACUGUAUCGGCCACAACUGAAUUUAAUGUCAGUGACCCAGCAGAUACAGCAACACCACCUCCAGCCCCAACACCUAAGCCAGCACGGCCAAGAUGGAGCAAAAAAUUAAUUUGUGUGACAGAAUUAUAUUUUGAAACAAGCACUAUGGAACCUAGUACCGUGCCAGAAGUCAUACCAACUUUUGAAGGCCAAGUUGCAUUUAAGAAUGAAGGUGUUACUUUUGGAGGCUUACCUAUCACACUCUUGGUUCUCGCUCUGAUAUUCUUCAUUGCUGCAGUUGUGCUGGCUGUCUGCUAUGUGAAAAGGUACAUGACCUCCUUCCCAUUGACAAAUAAGAAUCAGAAAGAAAACAUUGAGGCCAAAGGAGGAAAAGCAGCGAAGGCAGAGGACAAAGUUUCUAAGGAGGAACUAAAGAAAAAUGGGAAAAGGGCAGAAGAACCCAAGGUGACGCCCAAGAUGACGCCCAAGAUGACAGUCAAGUACAUGGAGGCUGAGGUUUAGGGGGGUCAGAGGGACAGCAGAAGACACACCUGGGAUUUCUUUACUCUGCUCCAGGAUCUGGAGGCCAAGGAUACCUCAUAACCUGAAAAAGCUCCUUGUAUUUCCCCCCUAGAAGAAACUGCUGGAACCAAUAGGUCCAAGCAGAAAAGCCCAUAAUCAAUCCCUAACCAGAGGACUCAGGGUUCCCUGAGGAUUAGGGAGCUCAUUCAGAUGACUUGCCUGUUCCCUCCUGCCACCUGCCCACUCCUGGGCUCUGUGUCUCCAAAGUGACCCCAGCCUAGACCCAAAGCUCCUAUUCCCUAAUAAAAUCCAGGUGAGAGAAAGUGGA